AUGACAGACGCGGAGUAUACAGCAAAAUACUCAGCCUGGUCACCGGCUGCCAGUGCUGUGAAAUACGAGACACAACAUUUCGACUUGCCUCCCUUUACGGAAGGACCCUUUGUUGGUAUGGGCGAUGAUGUAGAUACAGCAUGGGAUGAGAUUUCAGCCAUCGGUGACACGAUGAUAUCCCGCGACGAGAUGGUAAAACUAGGUCUAAACCCCGACACUUCCCUUGCCAUCACCGACCCGAGAGAUGGGAAGCCGGGCUAUCGAGUCGCAAUCGAGGUGUUCCAUCAAUUGCAUUGCUUAAAUUUACUACGACAGAACCUAUAUAAAGAGUAUUAUUCACCAUUAGGAGGGGAUACGUCCGAUGCGCCCGAGGAUCUGACGGGCCAUCUCGACCACUGCAUCGAUGCACUGCGACAAUUCGUCAUGUGUCAAGGCGACAUCGGUGUCUUCAGCUUCCACUUUCCUAUGGGUGAUGAAGACCCGUGGCCGAACUACAGCACGCCGCACACCUGCAGAAAUUUUGACAGCAUCCGACAAUGGGCUGUCGACCAUACUGUCCCAAGGGGACCUGAUGAGCCGGAGCAUUAA